AUGCUCGCCGCCAAGUGGCCACUCCCCUUUUUACACAUUCUCUUGUCGAACGCGGUUUUUCAAUCUCUUGGAGACAAGCAACAUUUUCAACUUAGCACUCGGGCUCCUCCGGCAGCCGCGCCCAAAUUGGUCUUCGCUCAUUUCAUUGCUGGUUUGACGAUCGAUUACACGCGGGAUGACUGGAAAAAUCAGAUUGGACUGGCCGCAUCUCAUGGAAUUGAUGCUUUUGCUCUGAACGUCGGAGCUCCAGACAAUUGGCAAGUCGAUCAGGUCGCCACGGCAUAUGAUGUCGCGUCACAAAUUACCCGAACCAAUGGCCAGCCAUUUCAAUUGUUUCUUUCUUUGGAUAUGUCUGUUAUCAAAACUGCCACUGAGGUCUCAAGUUGGGUCACAAAGUUUGCACCGAUGAAGUCACAGCUGCUCAUCGGAGGCAAAGCUUUUGUAUCGACAUUCGCGGGGGAAAGUAAUUCAUUCGGUGCUAAUAACGCCUCAAUCGGCUGGCAGGCUGCCGUCAAGGCUCCCCUGGCUGCUUUGAGUCCACCAAUGGAUGCUACGUUCGUACCGGUCUGGAGCAGUCUUAACCCCAGCACAGCUGUGUCUACGAACCCGGUGGUGGAUGGCAUCAUGACUUGGAAGGCUUGGCCCACUGGCAAUGAAACAACGAGCACCUCGACAGACUUGCAAUUUCAAGCUGAUGCGAAGAAAAACGGCAAGCUGUACAUGGCAUCUGUUAGCCCGUGCUUCUACACGCACUAUUCUGACAAAAAUUUUAUGUUCAAAUCAGAUAACAACCUUUACAUCAACAGAUGGGAAGAACUUAUUGCCAUGCCCAUCCAGCCCGAUUUCAUUCAAAUUGUAUCUUGGAACGACUACGGCGAAUCUCAUUACAUUGGCCCUAUCGCAGGAAGUCCACCUGCUGGCACAAGUUGGAUUUCGGGAUUUGACCACCAGGCAUGGUUAGAUAUGACAGAUUACUUUAUCAAAUGGUACAAGACGGGCUCUCCUCCCGCGAUCACUGAAGAUAAAGUGUAUUAUAACUAUAGACCCCAUGCUGCCGCGGCCGUUGCUACCGCAGACCCUUUCGGUCCUCCCGCCAACGCAACCGUAUCGAAAGAUGCGGUAUAUGCUGCCGUAUUUCUCACCUCCGACUCCACUGCUCAGCAGCUCAGGAUAACUAUCGGUGCUGCGAGUCAAAUCUUCAACCACUUGAAACCGGGGUCAAUCUCCACAUUUUCAGCGCCGUGGAGCGGCAAUGGUGGGGAUGUUCGGGUCGAGCUAUUGGACGGAUCUGGAAAGCCCUUGCUAAGCGGAACCGGACAGCGUCCAAUCAGCAAUGCUAUACAAGCUUAUAACUUCAACUAUGCCAGUGAAGUUUUGAUGAAAGGGGGAGGUGGAUCCGGACCCGGUUACAACUCGGUAUCCAGUCAAUCGUAUGCGAAGUCCGAUUCUUCGAAUAUUGAAAUUUUGCCGUUCUCGCGCAUGAGUGCCUUGGCGGGGAUGGUGGCGCUAUCUUUAUGCUCCUUUUGA